AUGACGGUUGGAAGUCAAUGUGAUGAUGGAAGAGUGGAUUUAACCUGUAAGGACACAAAACAAUCAGUGGGAGCGUUCCUAACCAAGACGAACUUUCUCACGCUGAAGUACGUGACCGAUAACUGGGGCACGGAGACGAACGGUUUCAAAAUGGUCAUCACUUCCAUCAAGGAUUCCAAGAUCAACUGCGGGGAAUUCCGGUGUAGUCAGCAGGAGUUCUGCAUCCACCAGGACUUGCUGUGCGACGGGGUCAAUCACUGUGCGGACGGAUCGGACGAAGCGGUGGGGUCCCUCUGUCCGGCGCCGAACGAGUACAUCAAGACCAUCUUCGGCAUCGAUCUGACCUGGAUCAUCCUGGUCGGCGUCAGCAGCUUAGUCGCGUGCGGGUGCAUCGUGGGUGUGACGAUCUGUGUGUACCUGCGCAAUGCGCGACCCGGCGGCACGCCAAACCAACAAUUGAACCAAAUGAUAGAAUCAAACGGUUCAUCGAAGCAUCUGCACGCAACACUGCCGCGGGAAACAACAACGCUACCUGCUUCGGGAAACUUGCAUCACCCUGCGGGACCAUUAGGGUACCUCCGCAUUCCACACAAAUUGAUGGCCAAAGUCCGUCCCAUUUGGUGCCUGGCAAACUCAGACAAUUAG